UGUGGGCUGCGCCUGACUGGCUUGGUCCUCUCUUUUCUGCACUUCAAGGGGAAGGCGAGAUCUUGGACAAGGGACUCCCACAUCUGUCCCCUCUGGCUGGCUGAGGAAGGGUGCCAUGGGGCCUCUCCACCUGUCUCUCCUGCUGCUGAUCACAGAGGUGUCCCAAGCCCUCAACACAACCGUGCUGCAGGGUGUGGCUGGACAGUCCCUGCGGGUAUCAUGUACUUACGACUCCUUGAAGCACUGGGGGAGACGCAAGGCCUGGUGUCGCCAGCUGGCUGAGGAGGGCCCCUGCCAACGCGUGGUGAGCACACACAGUGUGUGGCUGCUGGCCUUCCUGAGGAAACGGAAUGGGAGCACAGUCAUCACGGAUGACACCCUGGCUGGAACCAUCACUGUCACUCUGAGAAACCUCCAAGCCGAUGACGCGGGUCUCUACCAGUGUCAGAGCCUCCGAGGCCGAGAGGCUGAUGUCCUCCAGAAGGUCCUGGUGGAGGUGCUGGCAGACCCUCUAGAUGACCAAGAUGCUGGAGAUCUCUGGGUCCCUGAGGAAUCGGAGAGUUUUGAGGGUGCCCAAGUGGAACACAGCACCUCCAGGAGCCAAUCACAGGAGACUUCCUUCCCACUCACGUCCAUUCUUCUCCUCCUGGCCUGUGUCCUCUUCAGCAAGCUUCUUACAGCCAGCGUCCUCUGGGCUGUGGCCAGGAGCAAGCAGAAGCUGGGGUCACCUGUGGCCAGUGGGCUGGACUGUGGACACGAUGCUGGGCACCAGCUUCAGAUCCUGACAGGACCCAGAGAUGCGUGAGAGAACUCCAAGAUGGAGGAGAAGCCCAGCUCAAGUCCACCCACAAGUCAUCCAGCUUGCAUUCUCUCCCAUCUGCCACCAAGACUUCUGCUUCUU